AUGACCCCCUACUUCGAUGUCUCCCACCUGCCCUCGUCAGCCUCCUUCUACUCGGCCGUCCUCCAACCCCUCGGCCUCCGCUAUAUAUCCACCGACACUUUGACCGCUGCCAACGCGGACGACGACGACAACGACUCCAAGACGAUCAUCACCACCCGUCCGAGGUGUGAGCUUGUCAGGCUUCCCGCCGCAGUCACCUACGGUUUUCGUGAUCAAACAUCAUCCCCGCCGACCCCCGUCUUCAAGAUCCGCGAGGCCCGCAAUUCUUUCGAGCCCCUGAAGAAGUCCCGCGUCGUCUUCUCUGCUCCAUCCCCCACCGUUGUCACCGACUUCCACUCCUAUACCCUGCGUGCUAACCCUGCUCUCCUGCCCAUCUCCCGCCCCGCUGCCAUAACCCAAAGUGGCGAUACCCACCGCGCCGUUGUCACCGACUUGGACGGUAACACCAUGGAAGUUGUAUAUCAACCCCCUCCCAACUACCCUCCCUCCUAUGCUGGCUCUACCGUUCGAAAAACCCAAUCAACACACGACGAAGUCAGUCGCAUCCUCAACUGGAACUACGACGUUGCAAAAUCUUCGCCAUCACGCUCUGCCGCCGCCGCGCCUGCCAGACCCUCCGCCUCUAGAGCCAUGACCUCCCAAGCCGGCCAAUAUUCUGGCAACGAGCCGUACACACUACUCCGCCGCAGUGUCACCACUUCCAUUAUCGAAACCUCCCCGUCAGCCAACAAUGAUUUGGCUUCCUCGCCCGCCAAGUCCGCCGCCCCGAGCAGCAGUUUGCAGACCAGUACCGUCCUCGGAGGUCUCCUGGGCGCGGCUGUCGGAGCUGCCGCCGGCGCCGCCAUGACAUACACCAUGUUAAAGAAGGAACGUGCGCAGGCUCCGAGCCAGGAAUUUGACGGCGCUGGUCCCGCUCCGCCCUUCCAGCGCCGUGCUACCUUCCCCGAGCAGUACUCGGAUCAGCAGCCCGCACCGCGUUACGUCGAGGUCGAGAGAACUGUCGAGAAGAUCCGCUAUCCCGAAGCGUACCAGACCCUCCCCGACAACCGUGUCCCGCAUCAGUACGCGGCCAAAUACAGCCAAGCCGGCAGCCGGGCUCGCGAAGACGUCGAUGACGAUGGCCGAAGUCAUGCGUCCCGUUACCAACUUGAGAGGGCCAGCACCGUUCACUCUCGUAGUCAGACCGCUGUUCCCAGGGCGGCUCCGCUCAUGAUCACCGACUACGAGCACCAAAGCAACGCUGGACUUAGCAUAGCUGGCAAGUCGGCCGUGCCUCGUACCGUGGUCGACGACGCUGCAACGUAUGUCUCGGCCAGAAGUGCCAGAUCCCAGUCAACCGUCCGCCCGCCGCCACCCACCGUUGAGACCAUUCUGGGGGGCAGGAGCUCCAAGCAUUGUUCCAAGCAGAGCCCCCACUCAUGCUCCGAGUAG